AUGAACGAGGGUACAAAAGGUGUAAAUUAUGAAAAAAUAGAGGAUGCGCAAAAACCAAAAAAAAAAAAAAAAAAUUAUGUUGAUGAUAAUAUUUUUAAAAUUAACACCAAUAUAAAAGUAAAACACAAUGAAGCAAAAUCAUAUAUGGACAAGAGAUAUAAUUUUCCAAAUUCUAUUAGUAGAAAUAAAACUCCAAGAUAUAAAAAUGUAAAUAGUGAAAAAAGAUUUCUAACCAGUAGGACUACAAAUUUAGUAAACAAGAAUAAAAACUCACUUUGCAAUUUUUCAAAAAAUGAAAGAGACGAGAAAAGUAAAGAGAAUAAUGAAGCUAUCGAAAUGAAGAACGCUUUCACUAACAAUUCCAGCAGGGGUAAUAACAAAAGUACAUGCAGUCAUAAUCAACCUAUUUAUGUUAGAUGCGGUAAAAGUAAUAGCAGUGAUGUCAAAGAUACUAGUAUUAGUACUAGUACUGGUAGCCGAAUGAAAACAAAAAAUAAUGAACAUUUUAUUGGUGAAAAGGUAGGAAAUAUCCUGAACAAUUCAGGCAAAACGAACAUCAUUUCCGCAGCGGAGCAUAGCAGAAUUAGGUAUAAAAGCGAUAUGAAUGUUAUGGACGAUACGAACCAUAUGAACGAUACGAACCAUAUGGACGAUACGAACCAUAUGGAUGAUAUGAACCAUAUGGACGGUAUGAACCAUAUGAACGAUAUGAACCAUAUGAACGAUAUGAACCAUAUGAACGAUAUGAACCAUAUAGAAGUUAUGAACCAUAUGGACAAUAUGAACCAUAUGGAAGAUAUAAAUAAGGUACAUGAUAUGUUUGAUGUAAAUGUAAAGCGAAGCAACAACAAGGGUCUAGAUUCAUUUUAUAAGAGAAAAAUGGAAAGGGAAGAAGCGUUGGAUGGACAAAAUAAAAAAUGCAAUUAUUCACUUGAUAAAUAUGGCUGUAGUUAUAAUAGGGAUGCAAACCGAUCGGGUAAUUAUUUGAACGCUAACAUGAAUCGAGAGAACGCGGAGAGGUCGAAGGGAAAUACUGAGAAAAUGCGUAUGUUACGGAUGAAUCAUAUGGAUGGGGCAGUAGCGCAAAAAGUAGGGAUGGAAAUAGAAGCAGUGGAAGUAGUAGGAGUAAAAGCAAUUGAAGCAGUAGAAGCGGAAGUAGAAGCAGGGGAACGGAUGAAGGACGAAGAAGGGGCGGACCCUCCCAAUUUUCCGUUGGAAAACCUACCUGUAGCAAGUAACAAGGGCGUAGAAGAAGGAGAAGGAGUUUCAAGAUCAAAAGACAAAAAAAUGGACACAAAAGGACAAGAUAAAUACAAGGAGCGUUAUAAUGUUAUAGAACCCUUUGGUGUUAGUACAAUUCGGAAGGAUCAAAAAUAUGAUAUUGUUGAAAAAUAUGGAAGUAUAGUAAAUAGCAAUAAUAUUAAAUAUGUCAAAAGAAAUACUCACCUGUGUAAUGAUGAUGAAAAGAGAAAUUUUAAGUAUGAACAUUUUAGAAGUAAAAUGGGAAAAAUGGAUGUCCAAGGGGAUAUAUCAAUAAAUACAAGUAAAAGGGUAAAUGGAAAGGAGUUUCUUUUUGAUGAUGUGUAUAUGUGUGAAGAGGGCAAACAGUACAAAACAGGUAGACUACAAGUGGUUAACCAAACACUCAGUGCGAAUGUAUUAAACGUGUCGAGUGUGUCUAAUGUAUCGAAUGCACAUAACAUAUCGAAUAGGGACAGGUUUUCAGAGCAGGAAAGUAGAAGCUUUAAUAUCAUCGGUAUUAUGGAGAAACGUGGAGAAGGCAGAGCAAAAAAUAUCUCCUGCAAUAACGUAACAUCAAAGGAUCAUUAUUUUCCUGUACAUGUUCAGGCAAAAAAGGGAAAUGAUUUACGUGGUAGGAGCAAUACAAACGACUUUACUACAAAGGUGGGAGAUCAAGAUACAAACAGUGAAGUAGAAGCAUUCCGAAAAUGCACUCAAGUGAGCAUAAAUGAAAACGUGUUCAACAGAAUGAAAAAUUCUCGUGGUGUUGUCAGUACGACGCUUGAACAACAGACACAGCAUGUGAAUGAACCAAAUGGAAGAAGUGAGCUCAAUGGAAGAAGUGAGUGCAAUGGAAGAAGUGACCUCAAUGGAAGAAGUGACCUCAAUGGAAGAAGUGAGUGCAAUGGAAGAAGUGAGCGCAAUGGAAGAAGUGAGUGCAAUGGAAGAAGUGAGCUCAAUGGAAGAAGUGAGUGCAAUGGAAGAAGUGAGCGCAAUGGAAGAAGUGAGUGCAAUGGAAGAAGUGAGUGCAAUGGAAGAAGUGAGCUCAAUGGACAAAAUGAGCGCAGUGUGUUAAGUAACCCACGUGAGGAAAAUAACUCAGUGGCCUAUGAACCUCUUGGUGUUAGUUUAUGCACAUGUUCAGGUGACAAAUCACAAAGUAGUUACAAAAAUAAUCGUUUAGAUAUUAGAAGCGAAAGGGUUAGCAAGGAAAACACUAGAGAGAUUAGCGAAAUUGUUAUUAGUGCUGAUACUACUUGUAAUAAUUUAGAAAGAGAUCAAAAUGCUAAUCAAGUUGAAGAAGAUACAGUGGAAGAAUUCAGUAAUAGAAAUCAAAAUAUAGAGAAUAGUAAAUCGCUUGACAAUGAUAACUGCAACGAAAAUGAAGUAGAAAAAGAGGUAAGCAUAAACGUAGUAUACCCACUAUAUAGUCAUAACAUGGACAAUAACAUAUAUGACUUGAGUGAAAAGAACAGAAAGAAGGAAAAAGGUUAUAACCAAAUUACCCUUUUCAGUGAAAUAAGAGAUAAAUACAAAAAAAAAUUAGCAGAACAAACAACUCAUAUAAUGAACAAUGAAAUUACAUGGACAGAUAAACAUAAGACAGUCAAUGCACUUAAUGAAAAUUUAGAGAAGCACAACUGCACAAACAUGCAAGGGUUACAUAAUGCACAAAAUUAUAGGAAUGAAGAUACUAAUUCACAGUUAGAAAAAGAAAAAUUAGUGAAAUUACGUAGUAGAAGAAUAAACAUCGACCCUAUGAAUAAUAGCAAACAGGAAAGGACAAAAGAUUUAACAAGUAAUAUAUGCGUGCCAAUUUGCACUAGGGACAAACCCUCUGCAGCUUGUACCAUCUCAUCCAAACGUCGAAGCAUUUUACUUGGGAAAAACAUUAGCAGUAACAUUAAGACUGUAAAGAAAGACUUUAAAGAAACCUAUAAGACCUCAAAUUUGUACAGCCAUAAAAUGAACGGGGUCAGUAGAGCAAACACAACAUCUGGUAAGGUCAGCACUGAAAGAAGCAGAAACGACAGAAACGACAGAAACGACAGAAACGACAGAAACGACAGAAGCAACAUAAGCAACAUAAGCAACAUAAGCAACAGAAGCAACAGAAGCAACAGAAACGACAGAAACGACAGAAGGAGUAAUGUUAGUAGCAAUUCCAAGUGCAGUGCAAAUGAUGCAAAUAAAUGCAAAAAUGUUCAUAGUACUAGCAAACCCCUUGCAGCAUACGCACGUAAAAAAGUUGCAGUUGCAGUUGCAGUUGCAGUGAAUAGUAGUAACACGUCCUCAAUCGAGAAUAAUGUGGUAGGAAGGAAAAAAUAUAAAAGUUAUACCAAUUUACUCCAAAAAAAAAAGAAUUAUGAACGUGUUCAUGCAAAUAAAAAUUUAGCAAUUCAACAUAAGGAAGAAGAAAAUAAGGUGUGUCUUGAAGAGGAUAAAAAAUGUAGUGAUAAUUUUCCAUCAAAUGAGGCAGAGAAAGGAACAGAGAGUAACGAAAUAUAUAAUGAAGAAGAAUUGAAGAUUAAAUGUCGUCAGGCUAAAACGGAAGAGUCUGUAUAUUUAGUGGAAAAAGAGGAAAAUUUGAUGGAUGAUCUGACUGAAAAUAGAGAAAUGAGAAUAGGUGAAGAGAGAAAUAGGAACAUGGACAACAUCCAAUUGGUUUCCAGUGAAAGAAAGAACGAUAAAAUGUUGAAUGAGCAUGUAGAAGAAAAGGGGGGAAAUAAAGUAAUAGCUAAAGAAUCUAACCCUAAUAGUAUUACCCAAAAAACGGCAAUACACAAUAAUAAUAGCAAUAAUAUAGAUAAAAAGACAUAUUAUAGCAAAGAAAUGAGUAGAAGCACCACUAGAAGUACAUCCGACAAAAGCUUAAAAGGUUUUUUGCAUGGGAAAAGUAAAAAUGGUAUGACCUUGAAAUAUACACCCAAAUGGAAUAUAUCAAAUAGCAAAAGUUUAAAAUUAAAUAAAAAUGAAGAAGCAGAUAAGGGAAAAAUGUAUAUAAAGGGCAAGGGAGGAAAUAAUAAUACUUGUAGUAGUAGUAGUACUAGUAGUUGUUGUUAUACCACUACUGUGAUAGGAUCAUGUAAAAAUAUCUUCAUCUCAAAGAAGGAAGCUACUUCUUCUAUCACUCAAAACAGAAACAAGGACUACAAUGGAUUAAAAAAAAAUGUUGAUGUAGUAGGUAAAGGAAGUUACACAUCUUCGACUGUGCAUGCAAAGAGGAAAGGAAUCAAUCAAAAAGGGAAUAAUAGUAUACCAGUGAAGCAGAAAUAUGCGCACCAUGGACAGAUUAGUAAAUGCAUGCAGGUUGGACGUGGUAACGGAGGUGGCAUAGAAAAGGGAAACACUGAAAAGGGAAACACUGAUCGAGGCAUUGAUCGAGAAGUUGAUCAAAACGUUAACCAAAACGUUGACCGGAACGUUGACGAAAGCGUACAUAGGGGAGAUAACGGACACAUGUGUAAAGACGUAAUCAGCGAAGGAAUGAAAAAGCACAAAAGAAGUCAGAAAAAAAAAAAAAAAAAAAGUAACUCCAUUCCCCCAAGAAACAUCAAAAAGAGGAGAAGCUUUGAUCAUUAUAGUAAUAGUAAUAUUUUUUUUUUGAGUAAUGAUAAAAAGGUAGAACAUACUAAUGAGAUGAAAUACAACGAAGGUAUACUGAGAAAACAAAGCAACAGCUGUGAUAACAAUAGAAAAAUUUUGAAACAAAGCGAUAGUAACAACUCCGAUAAGGAUUUUUCGAUCAGAUCGUCUAGUAAUAAUGAAAAAAAAGAAAUUUCGUAUUUCGAAUGGCUAGCUCAAGAAAAAAAAAAAAGAAAAGAAAUUGAUCAACAGGGAGGACAGCAAAAAGGGAAACGAGAGGAGGAAGAAGAGGAGGUGAGAGAAGACAAAAAUAAAAACAAAAUAAAAGACAUACUAAAUGAUGACGAUGAUAACGACGAUGCGAACAUGAUGUUACAACCCUUGUCUGCUUUUAAUUUAAAACAGAAUGAAAGAAAAUACGAGCAAGACGAUUUUAUCGUUGAUAAACAUCCCAUAGGAAAUGGAAGAACUGGGUUAGUUUUUAAGGCUAUAAUAAAAAAAGAAAAUGAACAGGUUGCAUUAAAAGUAAUGGCAAAAGAAACUAUUCAGACAUUAAAUAUAGAAAGACAAGUUUUAAAAGAAAUUAUUAUACAGGCAAGUUUAAAUCAUAUUAAUAUAUUACAAUUGAUUGCAUAUUUUGAAGAUAAAACACGCUUAUUUCUAAUACUAGAGUUAGCAAAUGGUGGAUCAAUAAGAAAUAAAAUGAAACUAAUAACUCAACCAAUGCAAGAAGAGCAAGUAGCUUUAUAUAUCUACCAGAUUGCUGACGCCUUGUCCUAUUUACAUAAUUUCAAUAUUAUUCAUCGUGAUUUAAAACCUGAUAAUAUACUCAUUCAUUAUUCAGAUGAUUAUUUUACUCAAAAAAUUUACAAGUAUGGAGUUAUAAAACUGGCGGAUUUUGGUUUCUCUUGUCAAUUAAAAAAUAAACGACAAAAGAGAAGUACAUUUUGUGGAACAGUUGACUAUAUGCCCCCUGAGAUUAUUAAUCAAAUUCCGUAUGACUGUAAUGUAGAUUUGUGGUGUCUAGGUAUUGUAAUUUUUGAGCUGUUAGCUGGAUUCCCUCCCUUCACGGACGAUACGCAGGAGAGGAUAUUCGACCAAAUUAAGGAGCUAAAUUUUCAUUUUCCCAAAUCCAUUUCCUCACAAGCUCGAGAAUUGAUUCUGAAACUAUGUAGUAGAACUGCGGAAGAGAGGAUCUCGGCGGAGGAGGUGAAAUCCCACCCCUGGGUGAAACAAUUCUUAUGA